CACUUUUCUUACUCUUUUUUUUCUUUUUCUUUUUUUCUUCUAGUUACAUUUACAUCCAUCAUGCCUAUUGUUGGUCAUGAUAUUGAUGAGCAAGGACGUCUCAAAUUUCUUGUCAAGUCUCACAAGCAUCAAUGGAUUGACCCUCUGACAAUUCAACAAGUACUAAAAUCACAACCUUCACAAAUACCAAUAUACCAAUAUUUUUAUAGACACAUUCGUCGACCAUCAAAAAAUCAAAAUGAACUCCCUCCAAAGGCACUUGACAGUAUGGUAUUAGAUUAUAUAGAUGUGGAUCAUGUGCAAGCAGCUCUUGAACUUAUCGAAUCCUGUAUGACUUCUAACUCUCCCCCUUCAACGACAGUUAUAUUGAUCCUAGUGGAUUUACUACUUAAACAUGUUGUAGUAACAAGUAAACGGCAAUUAAAGGAAAUAUUACAACAACAUUACAAGAUACAUAGUCUUCUAUUGAAUAUCUUGGAACUUUUUGGACCCAAUAUACUAUUACCAAUUUGGUCAAAAUUUGGUGAACAUAGUGAUCAAAAACGACUACAACCGCGGCGUAGUGUAGCUUAUUAUGCAGAUCAUCGACAUAAGCGACAACGAUAUAAUCAUCAUAGUAUUAAUUUCUUUACCGACACGAAUAUCGAAGAUCACGAUGAUGAAAUCCAACAUGGUACGAAACUUUCGCGAUUUGAUGAUUUCUGGCACCUGGCUUUAUAUUGUUUUACUGCUCCACUUCAUGAACUUUCUUUGGAUACAUUGGGAUGCCGUUUAUUAUUGGAUAUAUUGGUACGGAUGAUAUCUGAAGAUAUACAAUUAAAAAGAGACCAACAGGAUUCACUGGACGAAUGCUUGCUUCUGAAAACAAUACCAAAGAAUGCAUAUAACGAAAGAACACAAUUUGAUCGGCAAAUAGAUACAAUAUUAUCAGGAUUAAACCCAGGAACGGCAGAAAAAGAAAUAUCGUUAUCAACAGCAACAAUGAAGCAAAUAUCAUCUUCACCAUCAUCAUCGGCAUCAUCGCCAGUAGCAUCAUCAUCACCUUCACCAUUAUCGUCUCCAUCACUCUCACCGUCAUUCUCACCAUCAUCAUCUCCACGACUGGCGUUGUCAUCAUUACCAACACCGGCUUCAUUAGCAACAUUACAGCAAAGAUCUUGCUACAAUGGAUAUGCGGGAAACAUUCAAUAUGCAUCAAAACUACUGAAUUUGCUCACAAUGUUACUUCCGUCUGCACAUUUGGCUGGCCAAACAUAUCCAAGACUGAUGACAUUAGAGAUAGAUACAAUGUUACAUAUAUUACGGUCUAUUCAGAACCCGGUAUUCGUUUUCUACGUAUGUGAUCUAUACUUCCGAGAUUCGGAUUCUACUUGUGUCCCCACUAUACAUCAACAUUACAAAAGAAUCAGUGGCCAAUUCAAGGUGGAGAAAUUGACCAAAUUUGUGAUGAAGACAAGACCUCGUGGAAAAUGGACAAUGAAAUCUAUAUAUACACAUUGUAGUUUGGUGAUGCAGCAAUGGAUGGCUUACAUAUAUGUAACAAGUCAUCGAUACGACACAUUAUCAUCAUCAUCAUCAACAACAACAACUAAAGUAGUGACCAUUGAUCAAAGCAACAACGCGGCUGGAAUAACUGUGGAUGACAUGAAUGAAUGGAAGCAACAUAUAAGUACAAUGAUUGAAUCAAUAGAUAGACUGGAAGAUUCUAAUUGGACAACCAAGAUAGAGGAAUUGUUUGAAACAAUGGAAAAUAGUUUGGUGGUAUAGUCUUCUUCUUCUUUUUUUAUUAUUAUUUAGAUCUUUUUUUUUAAAAAAAAUAAAACUUUUUAAUGAUUCCUCUUUUA